AUGACAGACUGGAAUGCAGACCCUGCACCUUCACCAGGCCCCAGGAUGGUCCUCAACCCCAGGCUAGCCUACCUCAUGGAGGACGGCUUCUCCUCGCUCAUUCUGAGGAUUCUCAGGAAUAGUGUACUUAUAGAAGAAAGGAAUAUCAAAGGAAUUCUAGAAGAUUCUCUGUCUGAAGCAGAAGAUUUCUUUUCUGGAAUCACACAGUCUGUGGUAGAAGCCGUAGUUGAAGAGGACAAACAAAGUGUUUCAGAAAUAGUGUCAUCAGCUUGUGUUAUGACUGUAGAAUCAGGAAUUUGCACUGGGGAUGAGAAGAUAGUGAGCAAAAAGGAUAUUUCAGAAAAAAGCAACAUGGAUGAAAAGGAGGAGAAUGAAAUUAAUACCAAGGAAGCCAGAAUGGAUCUACAGAUAGGAACAGAGAAGGAUGAAAAGAAUGAAGCUAAGAUGGUUGCAGAAAAAUUGGAGAAGAUUAAGGUAGCAAUGAAAGAAAAGCCUGCAGAGAACACUGUAAUCAAGGCCUGCCCAAAUAAAGGAGUGGGUCAGACCAAUGAGCCUGAUGAAACUGGUAAAACUAGUAUGCUGGCUGUAUCAAAUGUAUCUAGCAGUAAAUCAAACACCAAGGCUGCUAUGGUCUCUUCUCCUAAGGCAAAAACUACAGCGUCAAAAACUGAAAAUCAGAAAAGUUUUCUAAAAUCUGUGCUCAGAGAUCAAGUAAAUACUGAAAAGAAACUUUCAACCAAGGAACUUGGUCUACUUAAAAGUACCAGGACAGGCUUGGCAGAAAGCAGAAGUAAACUCAAACCCACUCAGAGUGGUGUUACCAGAGGAGGCCGUGGAAAGAUCUCAGCCCUGCAAGGCAAGGAUUCUAAACUGGAUUACAAGGAAAUAACCAAACAGUCUCAGGAAACAGAGGCUAGACCUUCCAUCAUGAAACGCGAUGACAGCAACAAUAAGGCUUUGUCUGGGCAAAACACUAAGAAUUUUAAAAUCCCCGCUGGUAGAAGUUCCAAAUGUAAAGAGGAACCAUUAUUUCCAGUUAACUUGGAUGAAUUUGUUACUGUGGAUGAGGUUAUAGGAGAAGUGAAUUCUUCUCAAGCCAAGCAGAAUCCAUUAAAGGGAAAAAGGAAAGAAGCUUUUAAAAAUACUCCUUCCUCUGAACUUAACUUGAAAAAAAAAAAAAAGAAGAAAGGGAAAACCUCUGCUUCUCGUGGUGUUGAGGGAGAAUUAUCUUUUGUAACGUUGGAUGAGAUUGGGGAAGAGGAAGAUGCAGCUGCACAAGCUCUAGUCACUGUGGAUGAAGUAAUUGAUGAAGAAGAACUAAAUAUGGAAGAAAUGGUAAAAAAUUCAAAUUCACUUCUUACAUUAGAUGAAUUAAUUGACCAGGAUGAUUGCAUUUCCCACAGUGAACCGAAAGAUGUUACUGUUCUAUCAGUGGCAGAAGAACAAGAUCUUCUCAAAAAAGAAUGCUUGGUAAGUGGAGAAGUAGAAGAGCUGCCUUUAAAUGAGUCAGCAGACAUAACUUUUGCCACCUUAAAUGCUAAAGGAGAUGAAGGAAAUGCUGUAAGGGAUUCCAUUGGGUUCAUUUCUUCUCAGAUGCCAGAAGACCCUACUUUAGUCACUAUAGAUGAAAUACAGGAUGACAGCAGUGAUUUGCAUUUAGUGACUUUGGAUGAAAUAACUGAAGAGAAUGAAGAUCUGGCUGAUUUUAACAACCUUAAAGAAGAACUUAAUUUUGUUACUGUUGAUGAAGUUGGAGAGGAGGAAGAUGGAGACAGUGAUUUAAAAGUUGAAUUAGCACAAAGCAAUAAUGAUGGUCCUCUAGAUAAAAGAGGAGAUAGAAAGAAGAGAGCCAUGGACACAAAGAAGACAAAACUUGAAGCCUUGUCCCAAAUGGGUCCAGUAAAUGAGAAUAUUACAGAAGAUCUGAAAACCAUGAUUGAAAGACACUUAGCAGCUGAAGCACCAAUGAAGAGAAUUAGAAUUGGUGGUAAAGCACCACCCUCAGAAAAAACUGCUGCAAUAGAAUCAGCAAAGGGUGAAGAGGCCUUCCAAAUUAGUGAAGUCGAUGAAGAAUCUGGAUUAAAGGAUUCGGAACCAGAUGGAAAACGCAAGAAGAUUGAAGACUCUUGUUUAGGCAAAUCAGUGACACCUGAUAUCCUAGAAGGUAAAAAAGCAAUGACAAAUCACUGCAAGAGUACACGUCAUAAGCAAAAUACAGAGAAAUUCAUGGCCAAGCAAAGAAAGGAAAAGGAGCAAAAUUAGGCUGAAGAAAGAAGCUCCAGGUGA